AUGGAUAAAUCAUUAUUUUUAUCAUUAUUCAAUAAUAUUGUAUUAAAUAAAUUAAUAUUUAGUUUAUUAAGAUGUCAGUACAUUCUAAGAUACUUUGACAUUAUACUCGUAGCAAAAUCAAGAGAACUCGAUAAACAAGGAUUUCAUGUUGAUUACCGACCUGCAUUCAUAGUAUCGCCAUUCUCACAUAAUAUCGGUGUAAUGGCCUUUCUUUUGAAUAAAAUCAGUAGUCAACAGGUUGUAACAAAGGCAUUCGACUCUGCUGCAAGAGUUGGGAGAAUAGAUUUGAUAGAAUGGUUGGCUGAACAUAGACCACAAGAUAGAGCUGGUAAUUUUAUGUUUGAUCAAGCUGUUCGUGGAAAUCACAUCGAUUUGGUAAAAUACCUCAGAAAAGAGAAUAAAGAUAGAGAUGAAUAUCCAGAAGACAAUAUUUUCUUAAUAGACACAGCUGCUGAAUGUGGUCAUUUAGAUCUUUUGAAACAAUUACAUCAAAUGAAUUAUAAUGGAACAACCAAGGCAAUGGAUUUAGCUGCAUCAAACGGACACCUCGAAAUUAUUGAAUGGCUCAAUCACUUUCGAGAUGAAGGAGCUACAGUAUUAGCAAUGAAUGGUGCUGCUAAAAAUGGACACCUUAGAAUUGUUGAAUGGCUCCACUAUAAUAGAACAGAAGGUUGCUCGAGCGUUGCAAUGGAUGAUGCCUCUACCAAUGGACACCUUAAAAUUGUUGAAUUUUUACAUAAUCAUAGAUUUGAAGGAUGUUCAAUAAUUGCGAUGAAUGGAGCUGCAUCUAAUGGACACCUUGAUCUUGUCGAGUUUCUUCAUAUUAAUCGUAUAGAAGGUUGUUCACAUGAAGCAUUUGAUGGUGCUGCUGCCAAAGGACAUCUUAAUCUGGUCGAGUUUCUUCAUCAUAACAGAACUGAAGGAUUUACAACGAACGCACUUGAUCUAUCUUCAAAAAACGGACAUUUGCAUAUCGUAGAAUGGCUUCUUGAAAACCGAACCGAAGGCUGCACUCUUGAAGCAAUGGUGUUUAGCAAAGAUAAAAAGAUUAAAGCAUCAUUGACCAAGAAGAAACCAAAACUCUAUUAUUACGAAAUUUUGUACGAUCUUUGUGGUAGUUGGUUAUUGAAUAAGAAAUUUUGA